CGCUCAGGCUCGGCGCUCAGGCUCGGCGCUCAGGCUCGGUGCUCGGUGUAUCCCUCCGCACAUGGCAGCAGUCUGGAGUCUAUGCCCGCGCGUGUCGCCGCCACCGCCGCCGCUGUCACUGCUGCUGCCGCUGUUGUGCUUCUGUGUCCAGGCCUGCGGCUCCACGGACCCCCGAAAACCACGUCAGACGUUCAUGUUCAGGACAGGAAGUCACAGUUGGGGUGAUUCCAUGUACAAGGACGUUCUGCUGCCGUACGCCCACAGCUCCUCCCACUCUCACCGUCAUGUCAGGGACUGUCAGCCCGUCGCUCACGGCAACGGCAGCCACGAGAGCUGGCCGUCCAGUCGCCACAGUGGACUUCCUGUCGCCGAGUCCAUGAUGUUUGUGACCGAUGUUCCGAGCUCCAAGUACGUCGGCGGUCACAUGACGGUUGUCCUCGACCCGCUGAGGACGGUGUCGGUGCUGGAGCCGGGCGGGCCGGGCGGCUGUGGGAUGAACCAGAGGGCAACGGUGGAGGAGAUGGCCAAGGCGGCGGGCUGUCUGUUUGCGCAGAACGCCGGCUUCUUCCACACGGACACGGGCGAGUGUCUGGGCAACGUGGUGAGUGACGGCAGGAUGGUGAAGGAGAGCGGUGGCGUCCAGAACGUCCAGUUUGGAAUCAGGAGGGACGGCACGCUGGUGUUCGGAUAUCUGUCAGAGGACGAGGUCAUGGAUCAGUCCAACCCGUUCGUCCAGCUGGUCAGUGGCGUGGUGUGGCUACUGAGGAACGGCGAGGUUUACAUUAACCAGAGCCUGAAGAGCGAGUGUGACAAGACACAGGAGUCCGGUCAGUUACGCACGUUUGUGGACGUAGCGUCGGCGAGGUCGGCCGUGGGUCACGACGCCAACGGCAAACUGGUCCUGUUUCUCUGUGAGGGACAAACUGGAGUGAGAGGGAUGAAUCUGUGGGAAGUGGCCGACUUCAUGAAGAAGAACGGUGUCAUCAACGCUGUUAACCUGGAUGGAGGCGGUUCUUCCACCUUUGUGAUGAACGGCUCUGUGGCAGGUUACCCCUCUGACCACUGUAUACCAGACAGCAGGUGGCGCUGUGGCAGGCGCGUGUCCACCGUCCUAUGUGUCCACCCACGGCGCUGCCAGCCUCCGGACUGCGGUGGACACGGGGACUGCGAGGACGGACGGUGCGUGUGCCGGCACGGCUGGCAGGGAGACGCCUGCGACGCUCUGCUGUGUCAGAAGUCCGACUGCGGCGACCGCGGUGUCUGCACCGCAGAUGGAUGUUUGUGUGACGCAGGAUGGCGAGGGAGGAACUGCAGCCAAGAAUGUCUCCCCGGUUUCUACGGCGACGGCUGUAACCAGACCUGCGUCUGUGCUAACGGCGGCUCAUGCGAGCCCGUACACGGACGCUGCUCCUGCCGUCCUGGUUUCCAUGGCGACGCCUGUGAAGAAGAGUGUCCUCUGGGUUUCUUCGGAGCGUCCUGCGCACAGCGGUGUCGCUGUGACGACCAGUGUCUGUGUGAGCCGCAGACGGGAAGCUGCAACGCCACGCUGCCACAGGUCAACAACACCUUACACAGAGCUGAACAGUGUGUGGUCAGACACAUCAUCAGGACGUGGAGACGAGAGGAGCAGCGUUAUCUGACUGAGCGCUCGUGGGUCAUCAUCACUGUGACGUUGGCAUCUCUGUUGUCCGUCAGUCUGCUCAUUCACUUCGUCCACGCCUGCCGUCGUCUGACGGCCGCUCGCCUCCCCGAGCGUCGAGAUUACUCCUACGUCCCACUGAGCGACAUUGGCGACGCUGCCGCCGCACGUGCCGACGCCAGGGAUUCUGGGAAAGGAGAUUUUGCGUUGGACGACUCAGACUCGCAGGAUGAUGUCUGGUCUCCGUCCGGCACCGUGAUCAGCUGACUGAAGACUUUCAGACGUCCAGCAGAGGGCGCCGUCGUCCGGGGUCUUCUGAGCUCGACCAGAGUGGAUCACCAUGGUAACGUCUCCGGGUGUGGACCUUGCAUCGCGUUCAGAGUCAAACUCAAACGCGAUGUUUAUCCGUCGCUCGUGCGUAAUAUGAAAAUAAUCCUGAUCAAAACACUGCGGCUAGGCUAACCACGCUAACCAGAGACUGAGACUUUUGACCUUUGAGCGAGUAGCAGAGUAAGAACACACACACUGUCAGCUAGCAUUUCUUGCUAACCUGAAGCUAACUUUGGUUUAACAGAAAUGUUGUUGAUAUUUGUUACAGACAGAUUUAAAACAUAACAUAAUAAUCAUUAAAGCUACAGUAGCUACACAGUCAAUGUGUGGGCUGCUAGCAUGUGACUGUGCUAGCAAUUCUAACUAGCUGCUAACAAUGGCUGUUCCUUAUCUUUUACAGUCGUUCUGUGGCCUGCUAACAAUAUCACACAGCUAUGCUAGCUAUGCUAGCCAUGCUAACCAGAGUACAUUCACUGUCACAGGCACAAGCCAUACUCGGCAGCUAGUAGCAGCUAGCAUCUCAUGCUAAUCUUAAAGUAACCGUUGGUGUUUCAGAUUCACAGCUGCGACAAAUGUUUCUUUUAUUUAAUCAAAGUUUAUGUUUGAUAAUUAAUUUCUUCUUUUAACAGAUUAGUAAUCUGGCGGGAUUGAAAUCACAGGGAUUAAAACACUACCGUUAGUACGUGAGGAUUUUUUGGUGCCUUCACUUUGAGCGCCCCCUUCUGUCGUCUUCACAACAUUGCGAGUGGAAAGUUUUUGAAAGCAUAAGAAAGCUUAAUAAGAUUCGCAAAUGAUUUCAUUUGUCUCAGGGUUAGUUUUUCUGACGUCGUCGUUCCGGACUCCAAGGGUCACGUGUUCCCGUCCUGUUGAAGUGUGACCGUCGUGUGACCGCCCUCGUCGUCGUGUGACCGUCUGUGACCGCCCUGUCGUCGUGUGACCGUUAUCGCCGUCGUGUGACCGUACUGUCGACGUGUGACCGUCCUGUCGUCGUGUGACCGUCUGUGACCGUCCUGUCGUCGUGUGACCGUCUGUGACCGUCCUGUCGUCGUGUGACUGUCAUCGCCGUCGCGUGACCGUACCAUCGUCGUGUGACCGUCUGUGACCGUACCAUCGUCGUGUGACCGUACCGCCGUCGUGUGACCGUCUGUGACCGUACCAUCGUCGUGUGACCGUACCGCCGUCGUGUGACCGUUUGUGACCGUACCAUCGUCGUGUGACCGUCUGUGACCGUACCGCCGUCGUGUGACCGUCUGUGACCGUACCAUCGUCGUGUGACCGUACCGCCGUCGUGUGACCGUCUGUGACCGCCCUGUCGUCGUGUGACCGUUAUCGCCGUCGUGUGACCGUACUGUCGACGUGUGACCGUCUGUGACCGUACCAUCGUCGUGUGACCGUACCGCCGUCGUUUGACCGUCUGUGACCGUCCUGUCGUUGUGUGACCGUUAUCGCCGUCGUGUGACCGUUAUCGCCAUCGUGUGACCGUCCUGUCGUCGUGUGACCGUCCUGUCGUCGUGUGACCGUCCUGUCGUCGUGUGACUGUCCUGUGGUCGUGUGACUCCGCCUCUCGCCAUGUGUCAGCUGAGAGUGGCACAGCGCCCCCUGUGACCGUCAUGUGGAGGAUAAAGAGGUAUAAGAUGGAUGUUUACCUAAGAGCAGAGAAAUAGAGCUGUGCACUCGUAUACUUGUCAUUACGGUAGAACCUCAGGACUUCAGAGGAACAAGCGUCCAAUCACAGACGUCAGCGUCUGUUAAAUAACUGUCAAACAUGGAAAGUGAACAUUAUCUUGGAAAAAGAUAUUCAAUUCUACAACCGUUACCACCAUGAACCACAGGUGGCGCCACGUGAACCACGACUGAUGUCGCGUUCCAUUUGUAGUCAGAACAUUUGUACGCCUGCGUCCACACAAACUCUGGAACUUUUACUGUAAAUUGAAAUUCUGUGCACACAUCGUACGUUUAAGUCUGAACCGUCGACGUGUUGCUGAGAUGUUUGAGUGAGGGAAACAUUCCAUGACAUACAUUUACAACUACAACUGCAGCGUGGUGAAAACUUCAGGAAAAAUGUUUUCCUCAUCAUUUCUUUUGUAAAAAUCAUCAAGCAGGUUUUUGUCACUUUCAACAAAUAAAGAAAAACAUCAGGUUUCUUUUA